AGGGGAAUGAGCACUCCAACAACUUCGUCACCUACACCCCUCAUACGAGAGGGAUUUCCUCUAAGAUCAUCGUCAAAUAACAGUCUUUCAUCUGUGACAGACGCAUCACCUCAGGAAGUAUUGAAAGCGGCAGAGUCGCUUCAACCAGCUACCAGAUUUGCUUUAGCCGAUCUCUCAGCUUGCCUGCUUCGACUCGAUUUCUGGGACGAUGAGGAGCCCGGUAGCAUAUUCUUCUCAAAGUUGGCGUUCGAAGUUGUUGUGAGCCAUUUAGAGAUUCCCGAUAAGGUUAUUCGAACGAUCAAAACACAUUUGGAGGGUGAAGAAGAUCUACCAGACUUGGUAGCAUUAAUCACUACGAUCAAAAACGACCCUCUAGUUUCUAAAGAUGGAACCAUGAUUGUACUUAGCAGCCUUCUAAUAGCAUUUGUCAACUCAGGAAACUAUGACUCCAGAUAUCGAGUGUUUUUACGGCAUCUCUCUACUCUUCUUUGUGUUGUGUGGAACGAAUUUGAAAAUGUGGAGGAUUCGCUAGCGUCUACUCUGGUAGAAGAAACUUUUGUGGAAUCCAACGACGAUGAAGACGAAGCCUCCAAACUUGCGCGCGAGAAAACACAACGAAAUAAAAAGAUCAAACGAUAUCUUCUUGUUGGCGCCGCUGGAGGGGUGGGAGGAGUUCUGAUAGGAUUGACAGGUGGAUUGGCUGCUCCACUCGUGGCCGCUGGUGCAGGUGCCAUUAUCGGCACAGCAGGAGCAGCAGGGAUCGCCACCACCGCAGGGGCGGCUGUCCUUGGGACCACCUUUGGAGUGGCCGGAGCCGGUCUAGCUGGCUACAAAAUGAGCAAACGGGUUGGAGCCAUUGAAGAGUUUGCGAUAGAGUCUCUUUCUGAUGGGCUUAGUCUACACUGCGCUUUGGUCGUGUCUGGUUGGAUUGAUGAGGAUACGUCUUGUGAAGUGGCUUUCGAGCAUCAGUGGAGGCAUCUGAAUUUGUCUCGAGAACAGUAUUCUCUUCGCUAUGAGAGCAAAUACCUCAUUGAGUUGGGAAAGGCCAUGAAUUAUAUUAUGAGUAUCGCUGUAUCCGUGGCCAUCCAGCAAACCCUGAUGGAAACUGCUUUGGCGGGUCUAUUGGCGGCUGUUGCUUGGCCAGUUGCCAUUCUCUCCUGCGCUUCUGUAUUGGACAACCCGUGGAAUGUUUGUAUAGCUAGAGCCGCAGAGGUUGGUGAACAACUCGCAGAGGUUCUCCUUAGUCGUUCACAUGGGAAGCGUCCCAUAUCACUUGUGGGAUUCUCGUUGGGUGCAAGAGUUAUCUAUCAUUGCCUCCUUGCAAUGAGUAAAAGGUCGGAAUCUGCCGGCAUAAUAGAGGAUGUGAUUUUGCUUGGCGCACCGGUAUCUGCCUCUUCGCGUGAAUGGGAUCAGUUAUGCACCGUUGUCGGUGGUCGGAUUAUCAAUGGAUAUUGCGAGACUGAUUGGCUAUUGAGGUUUCUUUACCGCACAAUGAGCGUGCAAUUUACAAUCGCCGGUACUGGUCCCGUGGACAGCAAGAAUAAGAAAAUCUUCAACUACAAUCUCAGUCACAUAGUAAAGGGACAUCUGGACUACUCCAGAAAGCUUUCUGAAGUACUGGCUGCAGUCGGUAUCAGUGUCAAACGAUCAUCCUCCACAGAUUUCGAGAAUGCUCACGAAGCGAUUGGUGAAGCACAGGAUGCUACGACAUUGAAGGAUGGUUCUAAUGAAAACAUCUCUAACAAUGUAGAGCAAGCUGUGGACGGAUUACGCGAGAUCUCUGUCAAAGAUAAAGAAGCUUUACCAUAAUUGCGAUGUACCAGUGCUGUGGAAUCUCUUGCUGUUAAGCCAUAUCUCAUUCUACGUACUUAAUAUCGUAUUCUUCUAAUUGUGAUCUUUCAGUACGGUUUCAUGAUCUAGUCGACCCAUAUCCGUCAAUGAAUUCUUUCCAGGAUUACAAAUUGUAGUUAGAGUUUAUGUAAAGCUCAUGAGGCAUCGUAUAUAGAGCCCUAUACACGAACAUCGAAACCACUUCAGACAUGUAAAUAAAUGAGAUUCUAUCUGCUUUUAAACAUACUAUGCAUUUCUCUACGAUUGUCGAUUCCAAAGACAUCCGGCCAAUCGCCAUUGAGGGGAUUUGAGACUAGAGGUCUUAUUAGUCAACAAUCCAUUGGGUAGGGUCUUCAUUCACAAACGCUCUGCUGGUUGACUAACCCAGUGUGUCAUAGUGUCUACUGGCAUUUAUUCAAAACUUAACGGCUUUUCUGUGGGU